AAUAUCAAAGCUAAUCAUUUUAAUAUAAUCAUGCACAAAAGUCUAGUGGCAGCGGCCGUCUUGGCCGCUACCGCCCGGGCCCACGCCCUCACCGAGGCCAAGGUCAACGUUUACUUGGGACAGAAGGGAGACGCCAGGCUCAGGGAUCACUGCGACCAGGCCAACUUCGACUAUGUCACUAUUGGCGCUCACUGCGAUGCCACCUACUACACGAACGGCACAACCAGCGGGCAGAUGAAUGGCAAGUGCAGUAUCGUUGCGUCGGACAUUAAGCACUGCCAGGACAAGGGAAAGAAGGUUCUGCUUUCCCUUGAUGGUGUCGAGCACAUGGGCUCGCGCUUUUCUCUGUCCAGCGAAGCCAAGGCCGAGGAGUUUGCCAGCUUCCUGUGGGGAGCCUUUGGACCCUACGAUGCCAAGUGGACGGGACCCCGUCCUUUUGACUACGCUGGUCACCGCGUCUCGGUUGAUGGUUUCAACUUGGAUGGUGAGCUCAAGCUCAACGGAGCCGGCGAAGGUGCUUAUGCCGCCAUGGCCAAGAAGCUUCGUGAGUUGUACAACGGCAAUGGCGAGCUCCUUCUUACUGCCGCCCCCGGAUGCUCGCUUGAUGAUGUCAAGCUGAAGGCCAUCUUCGACAACGCCCAGUUCGAUGCCCUGUUCAUCCAGUUCUACAACAACCCUAGCUGCGAGGCUGGCUCGGCCUCUGGCUUCAACUACCUCCAAUGGGAGCAGGCCAUCGCCGCCGGCAUGAGCAAGGAGGCCAAGCUCUUCAUCGGUCUUGCUGGAGCUUCUGAUGCCGCUGGUUCUGGAUACAUCGAGCCCCUCGAGGCUGCCGCUCUGAUCAACACCUACAAGACCCGCUCCUCUUUCGGCGGUGCCAUGGUCUUGGAUGCCUUCCGCGGCCAGACUUUGGCCAACGGAAUGACUUUCCUCGAUGUGAUCAACACUGUUGUCUCCUCCGCCGAGGCUGUUGACCUGAGCUCUGAGUUCUGCGAGGACGAGUCUGCCCUUCCCAAGGUCCCCUCCGUCACCGAGGGUUCUGCCGGUGGCUUUUUCACUGUUGCUGAUCCUUCCGCCAUCACCUCUGGCCCCGUCGUUCUCCCCUCCGGUGGUAGCUCUGAGGACGAGGUCUGCGAGGACGAGAAUGUCAUUCCCAAGGUCCCCUCCGUUACCGAUGGGGCUCACGAGGUUAACCCCACCAUUGUUGAUACUUCCAUCAUCACCUCUGUCCCCGUCGCUCUCCCCUCUGGCGACCGCUCCGAGAUCAUUGGCGGCAGCCCCGCUACCGAGGACGACGUUUGCGAAGGCGAGAUUAUGACCGAGGAUCCUCUUCGCUCUGGCGUUGUUCCUACCGGUAUUAUGCCCACCGGUGCCCUUCCUUCCGGUGUCCUUCCUUCUGGCGACCGCUCCGAGAUCAUUGGCGCUAUUCCCUCUGGCUCCGUUCCCCUUGGCUCUGCUCCCUCUGGCCUCGUUCCCUCUGGCUCUAUUCCCCUUGGCUCUGCUCCCUCUGGCCUCGUUCCCUCUGGUACCGUUCCUUCUGGCGACCGCUCCGAUAUCAUUGGCGCUAUUCCCUCUGGCUCCAUUCCCCUUGGCUCCGCUCCCUCUGGCCUCGUUCCCUCUGGUGCCGUUCCCCUUGGCUCUGCUCCCUCUGGCCUCGUCCCCUCUGGCGCCGUUCCUUCUGGUGACCGCUCCGAGAUUAUUGGCAGCCCUGCUGAUGAGGACGACGUUUGCGAAGGCGAGGACCCUGUUCGCUCUGGCCUUGUUCCCUCUGGUGCUGUUCCCUCUGGUGCUGUUCCCUCUGGUGCUGUUCCCUCUGGCGACCGCUCCGACAUCAUUGGCGCUAUUCCCUCUGGUUCCAUUCCCCUUGGUUCCGCUCCCUCUGGCCUCGUCCCCUCUGGCGCCGUUCCUUCUGGUGACCGCUCCGAGAUUAUUGGUGCUAUUCCCUCUGGCUCCAUUCCCCUUGGCUCCGUUCCCUCUGGCGCCGCUCCCUCUGGCGACCGCUCCGAGAUCAUUGGCGCUAUUCCCUCUGGCUCUAUUCCCCUUGGCUCAGCUCCCUCUGGCGCCGUUCCCUCUGGCCUCGUUCCUUCUGGCAUUGUUCCCUCUGGUGCCGUUCCCUCUGGCGACCGCUCCGAAAUCAUUGGCAGCCCCGCUGACGAGGACGAUUACUGCGAAGGUGAGAUUACGCCCGAGGACCCUGUUCGCUCUGGCCUUGUUCCUAGCGGCAUUGUUCCGACUGGCGCCGUUCCCACUGGCCUCGUCCCCUCCGGCGCUGUCAUCGGAAGCACCGUCCCCGGCGGUGUCAUCCCCAGCGGCGUCGCCCCCGGCGGUAUUCUGCCCUCUGGUGUCGUUUCCAGCGUUGGCUCCAAGGUAACCGGCCCUAUUGAUGGCGAUAACGUUGCCCUCCCCAGCGUUGGUCUUCCCUCCGGUGCUAUUGCUUCCGGUGUUGUUCCUUCCGGCGUUGUUCCCUCCGGUGUCGUUUCCAGCAUUGGCUCUAAGGUCACUGGCCCUAUCGAUGGCGAUAACGUUGCCCUCCCUAGCGUUGGUCUUCCUUCUGGCGAUCUUCCUUCUGGCGUUGUUCCCUCCGGUGUCGUUCCCUCUGGUGUCCUUUCUAGCGUUGGUUCCAAGGUCACUGGCCCUAUCAAUGGCCACAACGUUGCCGUUCCUAGUGCUGGUGUUCCUUCCGGUGUUGUGCCCUCCGGUGUCCUUUCCAACGUCGGCUCCAAGGUUACUGGCCCUAUCGAUGGCGAUAACGUUGUCCCUACCGGUAUCCUUCCUUCCGGCAGCGUUCCCUCCGGUGUUGUUUCUAGCGUUGUCUCCAUGGUCACUGCUGAUCCCAUCAACGGCGACAAGAUUGCUGACCCCUCUGCCGUCACUGCCCCCGCUGAGUGGACCACUUCGACCAUCUAUGCCACCACCACCUCUACUAUCACCAGCUGCGCUCCUGAGGUGACCGACUGCCCUGCCAAGAUCGGCCAGGUCACCACCGUUACUGUCCCCAUCGGCGUCACCGUCUGCCCCGUUACCGCCACCGAGACUGCCGCCCGCGCUCCUACGGGUAUCUUUACCUCGGUCCCCGUCGAGUCGAUCCCUGCCGGCUUCACCACCUCGACCGUUUACAGUACCACUACCUCCACCAUCGCUAGCUGCGCUCCUGAGAUGACCGACUGCGCCGGCAAGAUUGGCCAAGUUACUACCGUUAUUGUCCCCAUCGGCGUCACCGUCUGCCCCGUUACCGCCACCGAGACUGCCGCCCGCGCUCCUACGGGCAUUAUGACCUCGGUCCCCGUCGAGUCGAUCCCUGCUGGCUACACCACCUCGACCGUCUACAGCACUGCCACCUCCACCAUCGCUAGCUGCGCUCCUGAGAUGACCGACUGCGCCGGCAAGAUUGGCCAGGUCACCACCAUCAUCGUUCCCGUCGGCGUCACCGUCUGCCCUAUCACCGAGGCCUUCCCUCCUGCCACCUCAGUCCCCGCCGCUCCCGCCGCUGUUCCCACCGGUGCUGCUAGUGUCCCUGCUGUCUCCGCUGUUCCCACCGGUGGUGCGGGUGUCCCUGCUGUCUCCGCCCCCGUUGUUCCCUCCGGUGUUGCUGAUGUCCCUGCCGUCUCCGCUCCCGCUGUUCCCACCGGUGGUGCUGGUGUUCCCGCCGUCUCCGCCCCCGUUGUUCCCACCGGUGGUGCUGGUGUUCCCGCCGUCUCCGCCCCCGUUGUUCCCUCCGGUGUUGCUGGUGUUCCCGCCGUCUCCGCCCCCGCUGUUCCCUCCGGUGGUGCUGGUGUUCCCGCCGUCUCCGCCCCCGCCGUUCCCUCCGGUGGUGCUGAUGUCCCUGCCGCCCCCUCCAACGGUGCCCCCGGCGCUGGUGUUAACAAGGUCGCCACCAGCUCCAUCGUCUCCGUCUCCUCCAUGCCAUUCACCACCAUCACCGUCGCCAAGCCCGCCGCUUCCGCCCCCGGUGCUCCCGGUGCCCCUGGUGCUGGUGUCCCUGCCGAGUCCGCGGCUGUGCCCGCCGGUGGUGCCCCUGCCGUUCCCUCCGCCGUCAACGCUCCUGUUGUCCCCAGCGGCGCUGUCCCCACUGGCACCGGCGUCUCGGUUGCUCCCUCUAGCGCUCCCUCCACCUACAGCAUGCCUGCGCCGCCUGCUCAGACCGAGCCUGCGACCGGCUCUGAGCCCUCGGAGGUUCCUGUCACUGCUGGCGCCGGACGCAACGUUGUUGCGAUGGGUGUCCCUGCUUUGAUGGCUGCUUUGGUUCUUGCUUUGUAAAUUUUUUU